ACCAUGUGUUUAACAUUUAAAUCUUCUUGAAGGACUAUUGAGGAUGCUCCAAAUGCUAAACUCAUACAGAUGUAAAUGAUAAUUAGCUGCUUGUCUUAUAGCCACAAUAGGGAGCAAUUCACAGCUACAAAAAGUUUGCUGAUUGAAUCAGAAAUUGAAAACAGUAGUGAUUAUCUGUAAAACUACUGGUUAAGGAAAUGCCGUUGAUUACCUUUAUUUGAUACCAAUCUUUUCAUUUAAAAUGGAUUGCCUUUUUUCAGGUUUGCGAAAGCGGAACAUCAAAACUGAGCAUACAAAUUGCAACAACCAUCCACGUGCUGCUAUUCUCCUCUGCAAAAUUCCCAUCACUAUAUCUAUCAAUUCCACCCCACCCCCCCAAGUACAAAAAAAGUGCCACACAAAGUACUUUCAUUGCCUACGGAGAGCAAUGUGUAAGCCUAACAAUUAUGGGGUGGUGUUGAAGAAGAGGCUCAAAGGAAUGCUGAAGUUCAUUGCUGGAAAAGCACUGCAAAUUACAACCAAGAUGAUGAGGGAAGGCCACUUGGUGGUGAUUGCCGUCCAAGGUAAAGAACCAAAGAGAUUUCUCAUAAAAUUAGAUCAUCUUUACAACCCUGAUUUCUUGAAGUUGUUGAAGCAAGCUGAGGAGGAGUUUGGGUUUUCUCAAGAAGGGGUCCUUGAGCUUCCUUGUCAACCACAUGAAUUGCAGAGAAUUCUCAGUAAUAUAAAAGCUCUACCGUAACUCUUUUUAUUGUGCAAAUCCUUUUUAAUGUUCAAAUUUAAAAUUUGUGAUUGUCUUUUUCAAUGUUUUUAAAAUUUGAACUUGUACUCUCUCGUUAAAAAUGUAAUAUUACUCACCCAAAAUUUAUUAGUAAAAAUUUAGCAUAGUUAAAA